AUGGCAAUCGAAACCGUUCUCCAAGGGAAGUAUCCCGCAAAAGCACACGCCCAGCGCGUGGUCGAAUACCUCUCUACAAAAAUCCCUCAACCCAGCGGCUUCCUCUUCCUCUCGGGCUGCCCGGAAAGAUUCUACCAGGACUGUGAUCUGGAGAUCCCAUUCCGCCAACAUCGAGCGUUCAUGUACCUCUCGGGGGUCAACGCUCCAGAUCACCAUCUGGUAUACGAAAUCGACAACAACCGCCUUACCCUCUUCAUUCCCCCGAUCGAUCCUGAAUCCAUUAUCUGGGCCGGCUUACCCCCGCCGUCGGAGGAAGUGCUCGCGAAGUAUGACGUCGACGUUGUUCUACCGAGUACAGCGCUUGGUAAUACGCUGGAAACCAUCGGAGGUCGUCAGAAAGGUACCCAGCCGACAAUAUUCACAAUCCCUGGCCACGUGGAGAAAGGAAUAGAAUUCCCCAAGGAGAUGAGAGUGGACUCCAUCGCCCUCAAAGAAGCAAUUGAUGAGUGCCGGGUGGUGAAGGAUGAGUAUGAAAUUGCGCUGUUGAAGAAAGCCAUCGACAUCAGCGCUACAGCUCACAGAGCCGUGAUGGAGACCGUCCGGAAGUCCACAUCCGAGGCCGAAAUCGACGGUGUUUUCUUGGGAGAAUGUGCCAAAAGAGGCGCGAAGGUCCAGGCGUAUCCCAGUAUCGUGGCUAGUGGCCGUGCAGCAGCGACAAUGCACCCCGAGGGCAAUAACCAAAGCCUCUGCAUUGACGGGAAACCCAAGGAAUUGCUUCUGAUUGAUGCCGGCGCUGAGGUGGAGUGUUACGGUGCCGAUAUUACGCGAACUCUCCCGAUCUCUGGGAAAUUCACGCCCGAGGCGCGUGCAAUUUACGACCUCGUGCUGGAGAUGCAGGAGAAGUGCAUUGCGUCGUUGAAGGCCGGAGUCUUAUGGGAUGAUGCUCAUCUGUUAGCGCACAAAGUGGCCAUUCGAGGUCUCUUGGGCCUCGGAAUUAUGAAGGGAAAUCCGGACGAAAUCCUAGCGGCACGAACGAGCGCCGCUUUCAUGCCUCACGGGCUCGGUCAUUUCUUGGGCAUGGAUACACACGAUGCGGGUGGUCGUUCCGAGGAAGCCGACCCAGACCCUUUGUUCAAAUAUCUGAGAGUCAGAAGACGCUUGCCUGCCGGGUGUGUCGUGACAGUCGAGCCGGGUAUCCAUUUUGGCGAACACACCAUCCGCGAGUAUCUCAGCGACCCACGACAUUCGCAGUAUAUUGACGAGGCGGUUCUUGAUCGAUUCUGGGAUGUCGGUGGCGUGUGUAUCGAGGAUGAUAUUCUCAUCACCGAGGCAGGAAAUGUGAACCUAACAGACCUUCCAAAGGAUCCUGAGGUGGUGGAACAGAUUAAUUAUGAUGGUUAA